AUGUGCCUCCGCUCCAGGCGGGCCUAUCCGCCGUGCCACUCCAUGCAUGAUCAUCGCUGGGGGCAGCGGUGCUCGUGCGACUGCGGAUUCGGCCUCACCUCACGCCCUCUGGCCUGCAGCUGCACGUUGCCGGGCGCCAUGCCUCCGUCGAAUGGAGGCCCGACUCCAGGCUCUGAGCACGUCUAAUCCUUACGAUCCAUGUGCCCUGCACAUGGGAGGCUAUCGUAGCUACGAGACUGGCGCCAUAGACCUCGUGUGACAUUGUGGGCGCCCUGCAGGGGUCGAAACCGCCGUAAUCGGCGAAGGUAAGGUAAGGUAAA